AGCACCCAAACCGACCAUCGCAUAUCUGCACACUAUCGGGGCCAGCUGAAAGCCCAGCCGCCUCCUGACACCGCUAGGUGCACAGACAGACCAGCAGCCCGUUGCCGCUGCUAUUGCCGUUGCCGAUCCACACACGAAGUCCUCCUAGAGAGCUGGUCUCCCCGAGCCUUUUCUGACAGCAAGGCCGAUUCUUCCGCGCCCACUUGGCAGCUUCGCUCACCGUCCAGGACGACUUCCGUAUGCAGAGCAUGUCGCUUCUGUUGUAACCAGAGCCAUUGCCCAAUCUGAAAGUCCAAGCCCGACAGAAGCACCCCAUUGCUUUCGCUGCCCGACUUUUCGACCCAAAGUGACGCUUGUCGGGCAAGAUUCUUGGAGAGCCUCAUCCAUACAGCAUCACCCAAGGAGGGGCUUAGAGCCGUACAAUUGCCCGCGGGUGACUUGGCUCAGGCCAUCACGGGAGCAGAAGAGUGGACUCCAGCAUGGACCGCAAUACGCCACCGUCGCCGCCCCGGACCAGAGCAGAACCGCUACCGAUGGGAUUCCAUGAGUUGCUGCAACACAACGCGGCCGAGUCCAUCCAUGCGCACUCGCAACCAGCAUCGAGAUACGGAACACCGGCAGCGCACCUGCAAGACAACAGCCCCUAUGGCCCUAUUCCAGAGCCCUACAGCACUCCCGCAACUUCACCGCCAACGCCGUCGCGGGGUGCCGGUGUCGUGACCACCCGGCGCCGCGCCAAGGUCAUGGGUCCGCAAAGCAUCCGCAUCCAGAAGUCGACGCCCAAGAGGAAGAAAGAACGGUCCAAACCGCCAAAGAACAUGCCGGUGCUGGAUAGGCCGAUGAGCGAGCUGACCAAGAACUCGUCGAUACCCGUUGCCGACAUCGAGACGUAUGUCCACCGGUCGUCCGAGGAACGGCGACAGGAAACAGAGUCGGGCAAGGAACCCGGCCGGAUCAAGAGACCGAUGAAUGCCUUCAUGCUGUACCGCAAGGCGUACCAGCAGCGCGCCAAGGAAUGGGCGUCCCAACACAACCAUCAGAUCGUGUCCCGAGUCUGCGGCAUGAGCUGGCCGCUGGAGCCCGAGCACAUCCGGCAACAGUUCAAAUCGUGGGCUGAUAUCGAGCGUGACAACCACCAGAAGGCCCACCCCGACUACAAAUUCACGCCGUCCAAGCCGCAGAAGCCAGCCCCUAAGUUCCAGGCAGGGUUCGACGAAAACGAUGACGGGUCCGACUUGGAGGACUAUGAUUGGGCCAGCAGAGGAGGUACCCGGAUGCGGUCGGCAACCCACACGCCCGGCGCCGACAGCGAUUAUGUCCCCAGCCGCUCGGUGUAUGCGGCAGCGCACCAGAACCAGCACCAACACCAGCUCGCGGGAAUGCAGGCGAUGGGCAUGAUGCACCAUACCCGAUCGGCAGCCUUUGACUUCAACCCGGGCAAGCCAAUGCCAGCCGCAUAUGACCACCGGGACUUGGCAGGCCAGUAUUAUGAGACGCAGUUCCGCAACCCGCAGCAGAGGCACUUGCACCACGGCGUGGUUGAGGACGUGCUUGUGCACCGGACGCCGUCUCCUAGCCUGGCAUUCCAGCAGCCGCACGACGCGCAGCAUUCGCAUUACGACCUCAGCCAGUACCACCACAACAAAGUUGAGCAGCCGGCCCAACCCCAACUGCAGGUCCAUCAGCAGCAGCAGCAGCAGCAGCACCUCCGCCAGUUCGAGCACCGGAUAGACCCGUCGCUGGUGCCGCAGGACGAAAUCUUGUUCGAUGCGGCCAACUUCAACAGCAUACCCAGCAUGUUUGACGGCGGCCUCGGAGGAGCGCAGCAGUCAUGGCAGACUGCACAGCUGGGGGCGGGCAACGAGGCGGACAGCCAGUUCUCUCACGCCUUCCUGGGCCUCGAUGAGACACUAUCUCUCGAACAGCAUGCCCAGUUUCCGAGAGGCGCUGAUGAGUGGCAGAUCGAGCCGCUUCCCGAAGCGGCCCACUUCGACACGAGCUGGGUUGAACCGAAGGCCGAG